UCUCGGUGGGCCGCGCUGGGACGGCCCGCCGGCCUCAGCCCUGCGCCGAGGCCUCCGCAGCUGCCCUCCGGCUGGCCGCAGGCAACUCGAUGGUGAGAGAAGAGAAGAUGUCUGUGCGAAACCGGCUGUCAAAGUCCAGUGAAAAUCAUGAGCAAGAUGAAGACCAGAGAAGUUACACAAAAGAGUUCCAGGAGUCACAAGAAAUGAUAUUGAAGCCACUUUUCCUGAAGGAAGUUGGUAGUCACUUUGAUGAUUUUGUGACCAAUCUCAUUGAAAAAUCUGCAUCGCUGGACAACGGUGGGUGUGCUGUCACAACUUUUUCCAUUCUUGAAGAAAUGAAAAGCAGCCAUAGAGCUAAAGAUCUGAGAGCACCUCCGGAACAAGGGAAGAUUUUUAUUGCACGGCGAUCUCUCUUAGACGAGCUGUUUGAAGUGGACCACAUCAGAACGAUUUAUCACAUGUUCAUUGCCCUCCUCAUCAUCUUUAUCCUCAGCACACUUGUAGUAGAUUACAUUGAUGAAGGAAGACUCGUGCUUGAAUUCAAUCUCGUGGCUUAUGCUUUCGGCAAACUUCCUACUGUUAUUUGGAUGCUUGGAAUUCUAGGUUUUGCACCAACGUAUGUUGUAUUAACAUAUGCACUGCCACCAGCAUCCCGCUUCAUUGUUAUACUUGAGCAGAUUCGUUUGAUAAUGAAGGCCCAUUCCUUUGUCAGAGAGAAUGUGCCACGGGUACUGAAUGCAGCCAAGGAAAAAUCAAGCACGGUUCCAAUACCCACAGUCAAUCAGUACUUGUACUUCUUGUUUGCUCCUACCCUUAUCUACCGUGACAGCUAUCCCAGAACUCCUUCUGUAAGAUGGGGUUAUGUUGCUAUGCAAUUUUUACAGGUGUUUGGUUGCCUGUUUUAUGUGUACUACAUCUUUGAAAGGCUCUGUGCCCCGUUAUUUCGGAAUAUCAAACAGGAGCCCUUCAGUGCCCGUGUUCUGGUCCUGUGUGUAUUUAAUUCCAUCUUGCCAGGUGUGCUGAUGCUGUUCCUUUCUUUUUUUGCCUUUUUGCACUGCUGGCUCAAUGCCUUUGCUGAGAUGUUACGCUUUGGUGACAGAAUGUUUUAUAAGGACUGGUGGAAUUCUACAUCAUACUCCAACUACUACAGGACCUGGAAUGUGGUAGUCCAUGACUGGCUCUAUUACUAUGCUUACAAGGACCUCCUCUGGUUUUUCUCGAAGAGGUUCAAAUCUGCCGCCAUGUUGGCUGUGUUUGCUUUGUCAGCUGUAGUGCAUGAAUAUGCCCUGGCUGUCUGCUUGAGCUAUUUCUACCCAGUGCUCUUCAUGCUCUUCAUGUUCUUUGGAAUGGCCUUUAACUUCAUUGUCAAUGAUAGUCGGAAAAGGCCAAUUUGGAACAUUAUGGUAUGGACUUCCCUUUUCUUGGGCCAUGGAGUCAUUCGGUGCUUCUAUUCUCAAGAGUGGUAUGCACGUCAGCACUGUCCUCUGAAAAAUCCUACAUUUCUGGAUUAUGUCCGGCCUCGUUCCUGGACUUGCCGCUAUGUUUUUUAGAAGUGUGGACUUUGUUCUCUUCCUUGCCUCGGAAGAUUUGAUAUCCCGCCAGAUUUGGAGACAGCUGGUUCCAGUGAGGUUGUCUGUGGUACCUGGAUGACUCUUGCCUUUCCAGAUGGCUCACUCUGUUCCUAGCUCACCUGAAGCUGAGCUGCCAGAAAGUCACUUAGCUGGUUUUUGUUUUGUUUCCUUUGUGGGAGAAGAUUGAGUAAGAGCUGAGGUAAUGGUCAAUUUUGGUUGGGUCACCUCAGCUCCAGCCUUGAUAAUUAUCUUUUUUGUCCUUAAUUCCAUCCAGUCAGAGACUUAAUAUAUUUUCUUGGCCAUUGAAUUAGCCAAAACUUUUAUGAAGAACUCCUUUAAGUACCUCUGGUUUAGAACUUUUUUAUGCACACUAUUGAAAGAUGCUAUUUAAAUAUGCAAUUGGAAAAGAAAGAAAGAAUAUGAAGUAAUUUUGCUGUUUCUGGUAGAAAGCAGAAAAAUAUGUCCUUUCCAAAGAUGAUCUGUUUCUGCACUCUGCUUUGUAUUUUUUGUAGUUGAUAUUUUGUUUCACUGUGGUGCCGGGGAUGGACCCCAGAGCCUCGUUCUGUGGCGGUGCUCUUCCACUGAGCCACACCCAUCCCCAGCCACUACGUUGUAGUUUCUCAAAAGUUUACUUCUGCUCAAGUUGUUUAUUAACUGCCUUUUACCUUGAAUUCUCGAGUUAUACCACUAAUAAUAUAUAUUGAGGGAUCAUAAGUAGAAAGAGAAAAAUGAAAACAUUUCCUCUUAGAACUCCAACUCCAUAUGUAAUUUUUAAAAUAUUUUCUGAGCCAGUCAUGUGUUUUUAAUUAUUCUGUCAUAGAAGUUACAUGGAAGAAUAUUUGUCCCGAGGCAGGGUCUUGUAAUGUAGCCUAAGCUGGCCUUGAACUUGCUAUAUAGCCAUGCUGGCCUCGAACAUGUGAUAUUCCUCUUCCAAUCUCCUAGGUGCUAGGGUUCUAGGAAUGUACCACCACACCUGGCUAAAUUGUUUUUUUAACUUUAAGGUUAUAACUGCUUUGAAGCUAUUUAGAAGUAUUCUUGGUGCCAUUAUAAUUUUGUCUAAUAAAUAUUGACUUACUUUGUUAUUUUGCAGACUAGUGAGUCUAUAAUGUAAAUAAAUAUUAAUCACCUCCAUUGAUACUAAUGUGAUCAGUAAGAACCCAGAAGCUGGCUUCUGAAGCAUCUUCUCAAUUGCUGUACUUUUAACAGUAUAUUUAUAAAUGAAAUAAAUUAAUAUGUGGUCAUUUUCAA